AUGAUUAAGGACCCAAGCGGCCGACUCCUCACUCUCCAACAGGAGCACGAAGCCCUGGUGAGCUAUAGCGAAGAUCUUUUCGCUCCGGACACAGAGCAGCCGGCUAGGGAGGAGCAAGGUCUUAACUUAGUUUUCACGGUUGAGGAAAUUGAAUCGCAGCUGAAGUCCAUCAAGAUUGGGAAAGCCGUCCCUCCAGGAGUAGCUCCUGCUUCUGCAUGGCGAUUAGCGGCCCCACAGGUUGCGAGGCUGCUGAAGAUGGCUUUUGACCAGCAUUCUCACCAACCAGGGAUAACACUCCCUCUUCAGUGGACCGACGCGUGGAUAGUCUGGCUCCCAAAGCCGGGCAAAGAUCCAUGCGAGCCCUCAUCGCUCAGGCCAAUAGGCCUCAUGUCUCCUGAUGCCAAAGCCCUUGCAGGGCUUCUCAAAAUCAGACUCUAUGAGCUGAUUCGGCCCCAGCUGCGCAGGGUGCCGCAGUUUGCCUAUCAGCCGGGGAGGGAUUUGUACGAUGCCUUGGCUAGAGUGCAGGUGUGGAUUGACAACUUCAAAAGGUGUUACGGACGAGGAAACAGCAGCAAAUUCGCCCAAAGGGACAGGGAGGAAAAUCCGGACAACACAAAACUCUGCGUCGGGGGAGCCAUCCUCAGCCUUGACCUCAAACAGGCAUUUGACAGAGUUAACCGUCAAGCACUAGCCCAGUCGCUAAAAGACCUUGGUGCGGGAGAAAGCAUGACGGCCGAGAUUAUCUCCCUCCUAGACACAUCACGGUAUCACAUCAUCAGUGAUCAGGAACAAAGCACAGUGGGUACAACGCGAGGCAUCCGCCAAGGAUGUAAGAUCGCCCCCAUGCUUUGGGUGGCAAUAUCGACCCUUUUGCUGGAGCGGCUGGGGGAUGCCCUCUCAGGCCCCCACAGACAAGCAACCACUUUUGCCGACGAUACCUUAGUGCAAUGGCUCAUUGAAAACUCCACGGACAUUGCCCAACUUAGCAGUUUCAUUAACAAACUUCUGGGGGUCAUGCAGGACAUGGGGCUUUUGGUUAACCUUACCAAAACAGUCCUGCUCCUAAAAGUUUGCGGACCUGGGGCCAGACGUGCGCUCAAGGACUAUGUAGUGUAUAAGGACGGGAAAAAAUGGUGGCGGGCGCGACACCCUGAUGGGAGCGAGGCGCUAAUCCCCAUUGCCUGCUACACUACAUACCUAGGGACGCACCUUUCCCUCCAAACGGAAGCGCACAAAGUGGUAGGCUACCGUAUUGCUGAAGCUAACAAGAGAACUGGCAAAAUCAAAAAGGCGACCAGGUCCAGGAAAGUCUUCGGCCUAGCGCAUAGAGUACGCAUCUGGCAGGCCUGUGCUGCAUCGAGUGCUACAUUUGGCCUCAUCGCUUUCGCGCCCUCUGCCAAGGCGGUGGCACUCCUCAGGGGUUGGUUCUAUCGUCAACUAAGAGCCGUUGCGGACUCACCUGCCCACAUCUCGCAUGAGACUAACAAGCAACUUCGGCAAAGAUUAGGGGUUCAGGAUCCUAUAGAUGCCACUGUGCAACGGAUUCGGCAUAAACUUGAUAAGCUUCGGGUUGCAGAAGCGAGCAUCAUCAACCAGCCACAAACUCUCCAGUAUUGGGAAAGUAUGCUACAGCAAUACCUCAUCUUCCACACAGAAAACAUCGAUGCGGAGCCCGACUCCAGGCUGAUCCCGGUGCCCGCGCAACAAUCGCAGCCGGUGGCCUGCCCAGUCUGCGGAGUGUACUUCCCAUCAAACAAAACAAUGAGACAGCACAGGGGGAGGGUCCACAAGGUGUAUGUGAGCUCGCGCCGGCAUGAUGAUGACAUGUAUCAACAACAGGAUCACUCUGCUGGUGGCAUGCCACAGUGCAUUCAUUGUGGUCUUAGGACGGGUUCAUGGGACGCGCUGAGGAAUCACAUCCUCAACAACGUUUGUGGCUGGCAGAUGCCACCCGGCCCCACUCGGGAGGCCGAACAGCAGGACAUCGCUACCCCCCCUAGGGGUCAAUCAGACAGGGACCCACGCAUACAUGAAGACACCCAUCCCUCGAGCACCAUCGCUCGGCAACAACCGGUACAGCCUGCCCAGAAGGAGCCGACGAUCCCGUUGCUGCGUAGACCUGAAGUGGCGAAGCAACUACUGCAGUCGGACUCUAAGCUGCAGAUCGUCAGAGAUCACGCUAGGAGUCUCAUCCAGCACUGUGGCUUCUGCGGACAAUGGAUCGCUAAGGGAGGCUCGGUUAAGGAGCACAUCAAGAGAAUGCACUCACACAUAUGGCAUGCAAGUAUUGGCAACCUGGACACUGAGUGUGCGAUGUAUAAAUCUCACCUCACCCGUGACAGUGUCUGCGACCUUUGUGAGGUCAUGGUGUACCAACCCGACAGGCACACUCGGAGCUGCACGGUUAUUUUCCAAACAGCCUUAGCCACAGCAUGGCAUAAGGUUGGGGCGCCGGACACGGCCCCCGUCGCCAGGGAUGUGAGAACUUGCAUCACUGAUGAGUUCCUUGCCAGGCAACUCAACCCCGACGUGCACAGGCAGGGCAAAAUGGAGGCAGGAGACAGCGAGGUCAUUGACAUGCUGACACGGCACUGUGGACUUUGCCUUCAGCGAUUGACGAAUCAACAGGACUGGAGGCGACACUGUGCCAACCAGCACAAGGAGGCCUGGAAGCGAGCUGAGGGAUUUGCAGAGCUGGAAGUGGCGAACAUGUGGGGGCAGCACAGCCCGAUGGAACUCAUAAUGAGGGACAGGCCGACCGAGGAGGAGAACGGCGAGGGGCGGAAAUUCCGUCGCAGGGAGGGCAAAGGCCCAGGCAAAGCAAAAAGGGAGCCGAUCCCGGCCCCAAACCAGCAGCUGGCAAAGCAAGUGCAAGUUCUAACCAAGUAUGUCAGCCAGCACGCCAUGGCGCUGCAACUACUGGAGGCCGACAGAAGUUGGGUCCUCUGGAUGGACUCUGGAGCGAUGGGCAUCAUACCUCAGCUGGUCAAGACCACGGCCACCUGGAAGGAGAGCCGAGAGCAGAACAAGUGCACCUGCAGCCUUCGCCAGGCUCUCCUGGGAUCGCUCCUGCUGGAGCUGCAAGCUCGGCUUGCGAAGAUGGAGGGAGACAAGGCGGCACAGGCGCCACUCAUUCAGAGGAAGAUGCUCGUAGCAGAACCAAUGGCGUGGUCGUACACGAGAUGGAAUCCGGACAAGAAACUCCAGGAGCCCCGAGAGGGCAACCUGCUCUCUCAUCAGGAUGCAAAGGAGGCAGUUCAACUGCUGAUGCGAGAGGCCGUCAAGCCCAACGUCAUCCAGCGCUUCCAUGCUCUAGGCGGAGUCAAGGAGGACAGGCCAGGAGCCACGACGUUCGUGCUGACAGUCUCCCUGGACGCCGAUGCACGGCCCAACAUCAACAAGGCACUCCAUGCUCUCACGGAGACAGCGGCCACCGCGCUCAUAGGAGCCAGGAUCCGCCCGGAAAGAAGCCACAAGCCACUUCCAGAGGACCUACAGCGGGCCAUCGACGCGACAAGACGGCAAUGA